GCAGAGGCACGGCUGUCGGCGCCAGACGCCGCGACGGCCGAAGGGAAAGCGCCGGCCCCGCGAUGCGGCCCCUGGACAGCACCAGGGCCGCCGAGCUGCAGGAACCCGGGCUGCCGCUUACAGGCGACACGUCUCCGGGCGUGAGCGAGGAGCCGGCGGCUGCCGAGGAAGCAGGAGCACCCCGCCCGGGAUGGUGCUGGUUGUGCCGUUCUUGGUCGUGCGGCUCACGCGUGGAGUCCGGUGAAGGCAAGAAGAAAGCUCCCUGUCCUGGACUUGGCUUGUUUUACACAUUAUUGGCUGCCUUCUUUUUCUCAGUGGGCUCUUUAUGUGUUAAAAAAGUACAAGACAUCCAUGCUGUAGAAAUCAGUGCAUUCCGAUGUGUGUUCCAAAUGCUAAUCGUUACCCCUUGCUUAAUAUACAGAAAAAGUGGGUUCAUAGGCCCAAAGGAUCAACGAAUCUUCCUUUUUCUCAGAGGAGCCCUGGGUUCUACCGCCAUGAUCCUUUUAUACUAUGCUUUCCAGACAACAUCCCUCGCUGAUGCCACAGUUAUCUCAUUUAGCUGUCCAGUGUUUACGUCUAUAUUUGCUUGGAUAUUUCUCAAGGAAAAAUAUACCCUUUGGGAUGCUCUCUUCACCACAUUCACCAUCACCGGAGUGGUCCUAAUUGUGAGGCCGCCAUUUUUGUUUGGUUCCAACACCACGGGGAUGACUGAAAGCUAUUCAGAUCACCUGAAGGGCACAUUCGCAUCCAUUGGACAUGCUUUGUUUGCUGCCUUAACUAUAGUUAUCCUCAGAAAAAUGGGGAAAUCUGUGGACUACUUUUUGACCAUUUGGUAUUAUGUGGUACUUGGCCUCAUAGAAUGUGUCAUUGUCCUCUUUAUAUUAGGAGAAUGGAGUCUGCCGCAUUGUGGGUUGGAUAGGCUCUUUCUCAUACUAGUUGGGCUGUUUGGUUUGGGGGGUCAAGUGUUUCUCACCAAAGCCAUUCGAAUAGAAAAAGCAGGACUAGUGGCAUUAAUGAGGACCAUGGAUGUGGUUUUUACUUUCAUCUUUCAGAUUAUUUUCCUUAAAGAUGUACCAACGUGGUGGACAGUGGGUGGCGCACUCUGCGUAGUGGCCAGUACUACUGGGGCAGCGGUUCGUAAAUUGUGCCUGGGUUCCAAAUGAAGCAUUAUUGCUGAAAUGUGUAUUUUUUUCUUUCAAGUACACCAUCACCCAGUUCAGAACACUACACAUGCACACACCCAGAUAAUCUGCCUUUACUUCAUUGAUUAUAUUUAAUAAAUUUCAUAACUAAAGUAUACCAUUUUUUAAUAUGGUAUGUCUUCAGAGAAGCAUAGCCAGUCAGUUUGGUCGAGCAAUUAUUAUUAUUAUUAUUAUUAUUAUUUUUAUUUUUGUUGUUGGGGUGACAUUUGCAAGAGGACAGCUCAUUAGUUGAAGAAACACUGCAAAAAAUUUUAUGACUGUAAUAUAAAUAUAUGUAAUUUUUUUAAGUACAUUUUUCUUACUGAUGAAAUAUAGGUGGGGAGGAAAUUUUAGAUGCUUUUCAAGUAGUGUAGAGUCUGAGAAAGUUACUGAUAAUAAUGCUGCUAUGAUUAGUAUUAUGUUGAAAAUUCAUUUGAAACAUAAUUCUAUUUAGGAGGCCAAAGCUGAAAUUUGGAAUAGGUGCCUACUUAAUGGUGUUAGUAAUACAAAUGAAUUAGCCUUAUUUUCAAGGCUUUUAUAAAUGUAAAUGAUUAUCAUUCUUUGAACCCAUAUUUGUGCCUUUUCAUUUUAAUGCCUGAAUUUUUAUAUGUAAACUUUUAAAAAAGUUUUUAAAUCACCAAAUUUGACUAAUAGUUUCUCUUUCAGUGGCAUUAGCAACUGUAACUUCUAUAAUUUUAAUUGCCCUUUUUUUUUUUUGAAACUGCACUAAAUUUUUGUAAACUUUUUAAGAUUUCAGGCCUUUAAAUCGCAAGACAGAAAUCUUGGCAUGGCCAAUGUGCACAUUUCCAUCCUUAGUGUUUUCCCCUCACUAGAAAUGUGAUUUUCUAUAAAUUCCCUUUGAAUUUAUAGAGUGAUGCCAAAUAAAAUUUUCUCAGGAUUUUAUUAGGUUGAAUCAUAUGAAAUUGCUGAAAUUUUAUCAUUCUAACUUACAAAAACUAUAGUUUCUUAUGGUUCAUCCUAAUAGAUACCUCCAUUCCACUCUAAACCAAAUACUUAGAGGACUUUGGAAUAUAUAUUUUUAAAACAACUUUAAAGUACAGUAAUCCUAUGAAACUUAUUUUUAUAGUCUUUCCUUUAUGGAAUUAUAUGUAAUAAUGCUUCAUGUUAUAUGUUAAAUGUAAAGACCUGUGAAUUCCAUGGUUGAUUGACUUGUGGUUUCUGGAGUAGAAAAAAUAUCACUGUUAAAGUCUACUAUAUCAGUGUGAUAUUAAAUGUCAGUGCUACACCAUGAUAAUAUCAUGAAUUCAAAAAACGACAAAUUUUGUAUCUGGAACUUCAUCAGGCCAAUACUCUAUAGUUAAAGAGAGAAUAUUAGGAAAGCUCAGGAGGUUAAUCAGGACGUGGGGAAUCCAUGCAAAUGAUUUUGUCGCAAUGAAUCCUUUAUUGGUGAGUCUAUAAUGGUCUCCAACUCUUGCUUUUUCAGACCUAGCCUCAGUUAUUAUCGUAAGCCUGCAAAUUUGAAAGAUUAUAGGCUCUUCCCCACCCUUUCAUCACAAUUCUUCCAAAGUAAGAAGGGACUUCCUUCUCAGGUUUAUGUCUUAGUGAGAAAGGAUCUUCUCCAAAAGUUCCAAAAGGGAAUUUUUGACUUACUCAUCUUCCCAAAUGCUUCCCACCUGACAAAUCCUAAAGGAAGUCUAUUUAGGGGAGUCACACUACCAUAAGUUUAACCUAAUCCACAAUAUUGGGGCUUAGAAUUGCAAAAGCAUAAUUUUGCAAGUAUCUUAGAUAAUUAUAGAAUCAGCAUUUUAGAGCUCAAGGGUUAGAAAUCCUCUUAUAGGAGCCACACUACAUAGAGAUGCUAGGGAGGGGACCUGCCCAGGAUGGGUUUCCAUGGCCUUCUCCCCUCCCUUAAUUCCAUGAUGAAGUAUGGAAAGUAACCACUGCUUGACUUACCUAAGGUAAAUUAACUCUCAAGGAACUCUCUCUUCUUUACUUUGCACAAUAGAAGAAUCUAUGAGACCUUGAAAGUUAAGUCCCCUUGGGCUUGUACACUAGAGACAUGUUUUAUUUCAACAGUAUGGUUUAAAUACUUGAAUGUCACCAUAUAUGACCAAGAUUGGAGAAAAUGUUUCUUCUCCCAACUUUUACAGGGUGUGAUUCUUAAACACUUUUAUAAUGUCCAGAGUAUAUACAAGGAUAUGUAUUGUAACAAUUAUAGGUGUGUAUAUUUUGCAAAGAUUGUAGUUUAUCUCAAAAAGGAAAAUAUUUUCAUAAAUUUUUAUUUUAUAAGUACUAAUAAAAUUAAUAUGAAAGAAA